UAACUGUUCUUAGUAUAAAUAUACUCGGUGAUAUUAUGUGUGUGUAAGGGGAGACCUUGAUGAGCUAGAAGCCCGCUUCCUGCACGCCAAAAGUCGAACGAGCCAGCCCAUGGCAGCCACCGCAGGCCGAGACGACUCCGACCACGACAGCAGCUGCUCUUCCCUUAGCACUGCCCUCGAAUCCCGCCGGAGCUGGAUUAGCGACAUCAGCUUCGGCACUUCCAGCUCCAUCUCCGCCCGCUCCUGCCGCGGCGGAGGCCAGCAGCAGCAGUUGAAGCCCCACAAGGCGAAUCAGGCCGAGUGGGAGGCCAUCCAGCGUCUCCGCGCCGCCUCCGGCAGCGUCCGCCUUGAGCACUUCCGCCUCGUGCGUCGCCUCGGGAGCGGCGACCUCGGCAACGUCUAUCUUUGCCGGCUCCGCGACCCCCGCUUCCCGGGCUGCCUCUACGCCAUGAAGGUGGUCGACCGGGAGGCGCUCGCUUUCCGCAAGAAGCUCCAGCGUGCGGAGACCGAGAAGGAGAUCCUCCGCACGCUUGACCACCCCUUCCUCCCCACCCUGUACGCCGACUUCGACGCCGCUCACUACUCAUGCCUCCUCAUGGAGUUCUGCCCCGGCGGCGACCUGCACGUCGUCCGCCAGCGCCAGCCCGGCCGCCGCUUCACAAUCUCCUCUGCCAAGUUUUACGCCGCCGAGAUCCUCUUGGCGUUGGAGUACCUCCACAUGAUGGGCGUGGUCUACAGAGACCUGAAGCCGGAGAACGUGCUCGUGAGGGACGACGGCCACAUAAUGAUCUCCGACUUUGACCUCUCCCUCAAGUGCGACGUCGUCCCCAAGCUCAUGACCCCAAGACUCAGCGGCAAGCCCGUGGCGAGGAACGCGAAGGGCUCCGGCUCGUCCUGCGUGCCGCCCAUGCAGCCGGUGCUGGCCUGCUUCUACGGCCGUGGCGCCAACAAGCACGACAGGAAGCCGAAGACGCCCGAGGAGGAUGACUUGGAUGAUCAGGAAGAGCUCGACCCGGAGCUCGUCGCCGAGCCCAUCACCGCGCGGUCGAAGUCGUUCGUCGGGACGCACGAGUACCUCGCGCCCGAGGUGAUCUCCGGCGCCGGCCACGGAAGCGCCGUCGACUGGUGGGCGCUCGGGGUGUUCCUCUACGAGAUGAUCCACGGCAGGACGCCGUUCAAAGGCGAGGACAACGAGAGGACCCUCGUCAACAUCAUCAAGGCGCCGCUUUCGUUUCCCGUGGCGGCAGCAACAGGCAAGGAGCUCGAUGAGUUGCUCAGAGCGCAAGAUCUCAUCAGCAAGCUCCUGGUGAAGAACCCCAAGAAGAGGAUCGGGAGCGUGAAGGGAUCUGCCCAGAUCAAAAGGCAUGUGUUCUUCAAGGGUGUGAAUUGGGCUCUCAUCAGGUCAGUGAGGCCACCUGAGGUCCCCGGAGACUCAAGGAGAGCUCGGAGUCGGAGCAAAGGUCCGGUAGCAGCUCAAAUGCUAAGCAAGAAGGUCAGGGAUGAGCCAUACCACAUCCCUCAGCAUAUUGACUACUUUUGAGUGUUCCCUUCAUGUACAUAUUAGAACUGAUAGCUCCUGAAUCAAGCUACAAGAAAGACUCAGUGUGAAGAUCGUGGCCAUGACUUCCUUGUAUUCCACAGCAAUCAGGGGAGCUGAAGAACCUUGUUAUUGUUCUGGUCUCA